ACAUUUUCACAAUCAAAGGUACAAACAGUUUCAUUGAUGAAAGGAUGAAGCAACUCCAAGUGAGUACUCGACAAUAAUGGCAACAGAGCACGAAACCAUACGAAAACUUUCCUCUGUCCCGUUGUUGCCUUCCCUUCCCUUGAAGAAACAUACCCUCUUUCUCUGCCUCUUCUCAAAAGUCCUUCCCUUUCUCAAUUUCCUUUUGGUUUUCCUGUCUAAAACCGAUUGCCCAUCCAAAUAAGGGUUUUUGCUCAAUCUGGGUUUCAUUCAAAAUCGACUUUUUCGCGUCCGCAGCCCUUUCAUGAGCUCUUAAUUUCAUCUGGGUCUUCUAAAACCCACUUCCCACAUGGGUUUUCUUUCAAAAUUGAAUGUUUCUAGCCCAAGUGGGGCUUGUUUUCCAUCUGGGUUUCUUCUCGUCAAAAGGAAUUUAAGCAGAAUCUGAUUAGUUUCUUCCUAAUUUUCCCGUCAAUUUUUUGAAUUAUAAACUCUUCCUAAGCCAUGAAAGCCUUUUUCUUCUUAAUUUUCCUGUCAAUUUUCUCUUGUCCCGUUGCUGCCCAAUCCCAAUCCGCUGAUUCUGGGUCCAUCUCUGCUAUAAUCUCUGAAAAGGGUCUCAAUUUCGUGAAGGACUUGCUAAUAGAACAGGAGCUUAGAGCUCUUGUUCCUCUUAAACUCAAGGACGUUGAGAAAUCAAUAAGGAUUCCACUCAUUGGGAGCGUUUACGUUUCCCUUGCCAAUAUUACUGUAUUAGAAGUUAGUGUCUCGUCGUCGACGGUUCAUCCUGGGGAUACAGGCGUUGUGAUUGUUGCUUCAGGUGCUACUGCUAAUUUGAGCAUGGAUUGGAGAUACUCAUAUAGAACUUGGCUUACCCCUGUUGAGAUUUCUGAUAAAGGCAGUGCUUUGGUUCAGGUUGAAGGCAUGCAAGUUGGUCUCACCAUAAGUAUGAAGACACGGAAUGGAACUUUACAACUGACAGUUUUGGAGUGUGGUUGUUCUAUGAAAGAUUUAUCAAUAACCUUGGAAGGAGGAGCAUCUUGGUUUUAUCAAGGGUUCGUAAUUGCUUUCGAGGAUCAGAUCAGAUCUGCCAUGGAAAGUGCUAUUACUAAAAAGAUUACUGAAGGGACCUCAAAGCUUGACUUGUUCUUGCGAAGUCUUCCAAAGGAAAUCAAUGUGGACAACAAUGUUGCAUUAAAUGUGACUUUUAUGAAUGACCCUAUUCUUGGGGACUCAUCUGUCGAAUUUGAUAUCAAUGGAUUAUUCAUUCCAUCAGAUAAAGUUGCACUUCCGAGGAAUUCAUAUGAAAGUUCACAGACUUCAAUUUCUUGUUUGGGGGCACCGAGGAUGCUUGGAAUUUCACUAGAUGAAACUGUGUUUACUUCAGCUGCAGCAGUGUAUUUCCAGGCAGGAUCAAUGCAUUGGCUUGUUGACAAGGUACCAGAUCAGUCUCUACUGAAUACUGCUAGCUGGAAAUUCAUUAUCCCUCAAUUGUACUGGAAGUACCCAAAUGAUGAUAUGGAACUAAACAUUACAUUAAUCUCUCCUCCUGUGAUGAGGAUUAAGCCUGAAGGAAUUGGAGCUACCAUAACUGCAGAGAUGACAGCAAAUGUCUUGCAUAAGAGUGAAAGCAUUCCUGUUGCUUGCAUAAUGGUGGUAGUUUCAGUUUCUGGUGUAGUGGAGAUUUCAGGGAAUAAUUUAGCUGGUAAAGCUGAAUUAAAUGACUUCACCUUGAGUUUGAAGUGGAGUAAAGUCGGCAAUUUUCACAUGUAUUUGAUUCAGGGGGUAAUGAAGGUAUUUCUCAACACUGUAUUUAUACCGCUUGUAAAUUCUCACCUCAAGCAAGGAUUUCCUCUUCCAAUCAUUCACGGAUUCACUCUUCAAGAUGCAGAAAUACUUACUUCCAGCUCGAAGAUAGUCGUAUGUUCUGAUGUAGUGUUUACAAAUUCCAAUUCUUUGAUGCGUUUCCUGUUGCAAAACUAUUCUUCAAUGCUGCGCUUGAGAAAUCAAUGGAAGUAAGGAUGCUGUUUGCAAACGUAAUAUUUGUAAUGAUGUAUUGCCUAGAUUACAGUUGAGAAAUACUCUUCUUUCAGGAUACAUACGCUCUGUAUAGCAAUAAAUUUGUGCACAUAUAUGUAUAUUUGGACUUUAGAGUCAUGCACUGAGUUUUAAGUUUU